GUAUCCCUUAACCCUUAUUGCUUCUUGUAUGUCACCUCCUCUCUCUCUCUCUCUCUCUAUUUAGGGUGUUUUUUUCUAUAUAUGCACGCUAAGAGUAGCUAUCUUGGCCUAAGAAGAGUGUCCUAUCUUUAGAAAAAGAUAAACCAGUUUAGGGGAAGAUAGAGAAAGAGAGAGAGAGGAAAAAAAAAAAAAAAACCCUCUAAUUUGAAGGGCCUUGAAGGAAAUCUAGCUCAUUAGUAGAGAGAAAAAGAGAGUGAUUAUGGGUAGACCACCUUGCUGUGACAAGCUUGGAGUGAAGAAAGGUCCAUGGACUCCUGAAGAAGAUAUCAUGUUGGUCUCAUACAUUCAAGAACAUGGUCCUGGGAAUUGGAGAGCUGUGCCCAAUAACACAGGAUUGCUUAGAUGCAGUAAGAGUUGCAGACUUAGAUGGACUAAUUACCUGAGGCCAGGGAUCAAACGUGGUAAUUUUACCGACCAUGAGGAGAAGAUGAUAAUCCACCUCCAAGCUCUUUUAGGCAACAGAUGGGCAGCCAUAGCUUCAUACCUUCCAGAGAGAACAGAUAAUGAUAUUAAAAACUAUUGGAAUACCCAUUUGAAGAAGAAGCUCAAAAAGCUUCAAACUACAGGCCAUGAAGGUGACUCUAAAAAUGAUAUAUUAUCAUCAUCAACAGUUUCACAGCCAAUAACUAGAGGUCAAUGGGAGAGAAGGCUUCAAACUGAUAUCCACACAGCAAGACAAGCUCUUUAUGAGGCACUUUCCCCAGAGAAAAAAAGCAGCUUAUUAUUACCUGAGUUUAAACGCUCUAAUGGAGGCCAUUCUUGUGCAAAACCAGCAUCAACUUACGCAUCAAGCACUGAAAAUAUCGCUAAGUUGCUUAAAGGGUGGAUGAGAAAUGGACCUAAUAAGCAAGCUCAAACAAAGUCAUCAGCAACUACUAAGAAUUCUUUCAACAGCAUAGCCAGAACUACUGAUUCUAUUUGCAGUGAAGGGAUUCCAAGUAAAGCUGACAAAAAUGGGACUGAAUUAGCACAAGCAUUUGAAUUACUCUUUGGUUUUGAGUCUUUUGAUUAUCCAAAUUCAGAUUUUUCUCAUACUGAUGAGGCUAAUCUUUUCCAAGUUGAAACCAAACCUAAUUCUAGUGCCCAAAUAUUGCCUCCACUCUCAUUGCUUGAGAAAUGGCUCUUGGAUGAAGGAACUCUUCAAGGGAAGGACUAUCUUAGUGAAGUCUCAGUAGAUGAAAACAAUAUUUUCUAGAGGAAAUCUUGCCUUUGGGGCUAAUUAGCUUUUGGGUUACACUAAUUAUGCCACUAAUUUUUUUUUUUUUUUUUUUUUUUUUUCUGAAGGGGGUCCUAAAUUUGUUUUUGGGUAUAUUUUAAAAACCUUCUUGGCAGUGAGUUCUAUUGUGCUCUAGUUCAACUUUAAAGUGAUACAACUUCAGUGGCCUUACCAGUGAGAAUUUGUCACCCCUUCAGUGCUAGAACACAGAGAAUGUAAAUCUAAUUUUAUUAUGUUAUCAUCAAUAUGUUUUUUCUAUUAAGAAUAAAUUCGUUUAUUUCAAUUCU